AAUGAGUAUGCAAUAGGAAUAUGAUUACCUUUUCAAGAUACUUUUAAUUGGAAACUCAGCAGUAGGUAAAUCAUCAUUGUUACUUCGAUUUGCUGAUAAUGUAUUUAACGAAAGUUUCUUGCCUACAAUAGGUGUAGAUUUCAAAAUUCGUACUUUUGAUUUGAAUGGAAAAACAGUAAAAUUGUAGGUAGUUUUAAAUUACAAUUUAGAUUUGGGACACUGCAGGAUAAGAAAGAUUUAAAACAAUAACAAAUUCUUAUUAUAAAGGAGCUCAUGGAAUAAUAUUAGUUUAUGAUGUGACUGAUAAGUAAUCAUUUAAAGAUGUAGAAAAUUGGUUAGCAGGUAAUUAUAUUAAAUAAAUCAAAUAGAGGUUGAAAAGUAUGCAAAUGAGAAUGUAGUAAGAGUAUUGGUAGGCAAUAAAGUUGAUUUGGAAAGUAAAAGAGAAGUUACAUAAGAAGAAGGAAAGGAACUUGCUGAUUCAUUGAAUAUACGUUUUAUAGGUAGCUAUGUAAAAUAAUUAUAGAAACCUCUGCAAAGAAUUCAUCUAAUGUUGAGAAAGCUUUUAUAACUCUAGCUAAUGAAAUAAAAGCAAAGGUUGCAAAAAGUAGUGAGGCUAUGCCAAUAAAAACAGGACCAGGACCAAGAAUCACUCCAGAUUAAUAAUAGAAUACAGUCAAAGAUAAUGGAUGUUGUUGAC